AAGCUCGCCAACGCCAGUAGUAGUUCAAUCCACAACGAUGGCACAGUGGACUUUAGGCGUUACGCUAGUGCUGCUAGCGCUGGGCGUGGCAGCUGGCAAUGAGAACGAGAGCGGCGGCGGCAACAUAUUCCAGCGCACAUUCAAUCAGCUGCAUCAGGAGCCCGAUUUGCCGGCAAACCAAAAUCGCGCAGAUCAAGUGCAGACGCUAUGGAUUGAGCAAAAGUUGGAUCACUUUGAUGCAAGCGAGAAGCGCAGCUGGAAAAUGCGUUAUAUGCUGAACGAAGCGCUAUACAAGGCAGGAGCACCAUUGUUUAUUUAUUUAGGUGGGGAAUGGACUAUAUCGGCGGGUUCUAUAACUGGCGGUCACAUAUACGAUAUGGCCAAGGAGCACAAUGGUCUGCUGGCCUAUACCGAACAUCGUUAUUAUGGCCAAAGCAAGCCGCUGCCUGAUCUAAGCAAUGAGAACAUGCGCUAUUUGCAUGUGAAGCAAGCGCUGGCGGACUUGGCACACUUCAUUACCACCAUGAAGCAAACUUAUGCAGGCUUGAAAGAUUCCAAAGUUAUAAUUGUAGGCGGCUCCUACUCCGCCACAAUGGUCACUUGGUUCAAGCGUCUCUAUCCGGAUUUAGCUGAUGGCGGUUGGGCCUCGAGUGCGCCGCUGGUAGCCAAGGCCAACUUUGUAGAGUACAAGGAGAUUACGGGUCAGUCGAUUACAUUAAUGGGCGGCUCGGCUUGCUAUAAGCGCAUUGAGAAUGGAAUUGCUGAAAUGGAAGCAAUGUUUGCCAAUCAACGUGGAGCUGAGGUGAAAGCAUUGCUGAAGCUUUGCGAGCGUUUUGAUGUGUACAGCGAUUUGGAUAUUUGGACGCUAUUCAGUGAGAUCUCUGAUCUAUUUGCAGGCGUUGUACAGACACACAAUGAGGGUCAAAUCGAAGGUGUUUGCAAGCAAAUUAUGGCUGAAAGCAGCGAUCUAAUUGGUGUGGCCAAAUAUGUGCUGCGUAUGUUCUCCAGAAGCGCCGAGAAGUGCAAUGACUUAAGCUAUGACGCCAUUAUAGGCACUUUAUUGGAAUCUAAGUACAACGGAGAAAUGAUGCGUCAAUGGAUGUAUCAAACUUGCAAUGAAUACGGUUGGUAUCAGACUUCAGGCUCUGCGGAUCAACCCUUUGGCACCAAAUUCCCAUUGACACUUUACACAACCAUGUGCGCUGAUCUCUAUGGCUUGGAAUUCAGCAAUUCAUUUAUUAUGGAUCGCAUUUCGACUACAAAUGAUGACUUUGGCGGGCUUAAGCCAGGCGUUAAGAAUGUUUAUAUUAGUCAUGGACAAUUGGAUCCCUGGCGUGCAAUGGGCAUACAGAAUGAAAAGGAAGCUACUGUUAUACCAAAAUACGCGCACUGCAAGGAUUUGAGUUCGAUCAGCGACAAAGACACUGCGGAAAUGCGCGCAUCAAAGGAACGCGUUGCUGAACUAGUUCGCCAAUGGGUGAAGUAAACUUUCUGUUUUAUCGCUUAGUAUGCCAAUAAAUUGUGUAUUUUAAAAACCAAUAAAUUAUAAUGUGUUAAGUUUGAAAA